UUCAUCCAAAAGCUCCAAAUAUGGUGGGUUGUUUCAGCUAUAAAACAAACCGAGGGAAAAAGAACAAUACAAACAAUACAAACAUCAAACCAACCAAGAAAUGGGAGCUUCUCAGCGGCGUAAAUCACUGGAACGACAUGCUCGAUCCUCUCAACAUCGAUCUGAGGCGAUACAUAAUACGAUACGGAGAUAUGGCUCAGGCAACCUACGACGCUUUCAUUUCCGAAAAGAAAUCCAAAUAUGCCGGAGCUAGUAGGUAUUCUAAGAAGAACCUUUUUGCGAAAGUGGGCUUGGAAGUUGGUAAUAUCCCUUUUCCUUAUAAGGUGACAAAGUAUCUUUAUGCCACUUCUUCUAUUCCUCUUCCGGAUGCCUUCGUUAUCAAGUCAUUGUCUAGGGAGGCAUGGAGCAAGGAAUCCAAUUGGAUAGGGUAUGUUGCUGUGGCUACAGACGAAGCCAAGGCUUCGAUUGGGAGGAGGGAUAUUGUCGUCGCAUGGAGAGGAACGAUACAAGCGCUUGAAUGGGUGAAUGAUUUGGAGUUCAUUCAGGUUUCGGCAGCCAGCAUACUCGGGGCUGACCAAAACCCUAAAGUUCAUCAAGGAUGGCUCUCUAUUUAUACUUCUAACGAUCCUAAGUCGCCUUUCAAUCAAUCCAGCGCUAGAGAUCAGGUUCUUGGUGAGAUUAGAAGCAUUGUUGAGGCAUACAAGCAUGAAGAAAUAAGCAUAACCGUGGUUGGCCAUAGCUUAGGGGGUGCGAUAGCAACCCUAAAUGCGACGGAUAUAAGUGUGAAUAUUGUCUUGCCUACGGGUUGCUUGGUAAGCGUUUUUGCAUUCGCUUCCCCUAGGGUAGGUGACCAAGGUUUCAAGAGGGUUGUCUCGGGGCAAAAGUAUCUAAGAGUCCUUAGGGUUAGGAAUACCUUUGACAUAGUUCCAAACUACCCUGUGAUUUUAUACACGGACGUGGGAGAAGAACUAGGGAUCGACACCUCCAAGUCGAAGUACCUAAAAAGCCCCGGGAAUAUUGAGAGUUGGCAUAGCUUGGAGGCUUAUUUGCAUGGGGUGGCGGGAACACAUGGGUCAAAAGGGGAAUUUAAACUUGAAGUUGAGAGGGAUGUGUCCCUUGUGAAUAAGACAAUGGACAUUUUGAAGGAUGCAUAUUGUGUUCCUUCUUCAUGGAGGGUAGAGAAGGACAAAGGAAUGGUUCAACUGCCAAAUAGAUCCUGGAAAUUGAUGGAUCAUGAGCUUGUUGAUGACUAUUGA